CAUAUGUGCCUAGGCUAGACCAGGCAGAGCUCUUCCAUCGUUUCUCUUCAUCGCCAAUUUUCGCCCUAAUCGCUCUCCCCAAUCUCAAAACCCUAAUCUUAAUGGCAUCUGAAAAGUUGGGAAUAGUCCCCUCCCAACAAAUUCUCAACCAGCAUCCCCAGCUAGUCUUCCCAGAAGCUUUCGCCUGCACUCCUCCACCGCCGCAUCGCCGUCCCUCCGCCGCCGCUGAUCCCGCUCCAAAAGCUGCCACCCGAGAGCUCACCGCCUCCUUCCUCGAUCACCACCACUAUUUCAACCCUCAGCCGUCCCAAUUCCGCCACCAAUGGAAUGCCAGCACCCGCACCUCUGGCGGUGACGCGGUGGAGCCUGGUGACGUGGACGACGACAACGAUGAUGACGAAGACAACGACGGGGACGAUGAGGAGGAGGAGGAGGAAGAAGUUGGAAAUGAUAUGGAGAAUAUUGUUACUGUUGCUAAAGCAUGUGACAGCAAUCAGAAAGAUAGGUAUAGUGCUAACAGUAAUAGUCACAAGAUGAAACACAUUUCAUCAUUAGGUUUCAAAGAUGCAAAUAUGGGACAGUCUGGAAAAUACUACUCGCAGUAUUUGAAUGGGGCAGAGGGUCCCAGCACUUCAUCGGGGCAGAAGGAGAUUCCAACCGCAGAGAAUGGUUGUGGAUUUAGUGGAAGUAAGGAGUGCUCACAUCUAAGUGAAUCGGGGGAUUCCUUGAGGGCUACCUUUUUGGACCCGCUAACCGGGACACUUAUGGAAGAAGCUAUGAUAUUACCUUGUGGGCAUUCCUUCGGCAGUGAUGGAAUACAACAAGUUGUUAGAAUGAAAGCUUGCUAUACAUGCUCGCAACCAGUGUCAGAGGACAGAAUUAUGCCAAACCUCUCUCUACGCGCAGCUGUUCAGGCUUUCAUUAGGGAAGAAGAAUCACAUGUUAAUUAUGUGCCAAAAAGAAGAAGAGAAAGAUAUGAUCUGCAGAAGGGGACAUUUGUUGAUUCUAUGCUCACAGAUCAGCCAAGGGCAAAAGGUGUCCAGUUCCCAUUUUCCGUUAUGGAUCGAGUUAUAAUAAAGGGUAACAAGAGAACACCUCAACGAUUUGUGGGGCGUGAGGCAAUUGUUACCACUCAGUGCUUGAAUGGAUGGUACGUGGUGAAGACUUUGGAUAAUGCAGAAAGCGUGAAGCUUCAAUAUCGCUCGCUAGCUAAAGUUUCAGAGAGUCCAUCUUCAAAGCCACUACCAAUGAAGGCGACACCUAACUGGUUGUAGAGUUGUAUUGUAGUGACAAGCUGAUGUGCUAUAAUGUCUUUGCUCUUUUGUAACUUAAUGUGUCUAAUUGUGUUAUGCUUCACUGUUGUUACUUUGUUGGGGCAUUUAUCUCACUGAUAAUGUAUAGAGAUCAUAAAACCGUGUCACUUCUUUUUUAUUACUCCACUAUCUUACUCGGAA